CUGCAUAUUCGCAAAAACGGUGGUUUCUUCGAGGCUGAGAGCCGCUUGUGGACCUGUUACUUAGCCAUGCCGCUUUAUAUCUGUGGCUUUUUGAUGCUGGGCGCUGGGAUACAAAAUCUCAACAAAGCCGCUCUCAUCAUAGGCUGGGGCAUUGCAACGCGUAUUGUAAUGACUGCUUCCCUCGUCCUGCCGCGAAGAUUGACACGCUUGCUCAUUUUGUUUUUGAAAGCCGUCGUUGAGCCCAAGCCGAGCCGCGGCUUUGGCCUGGCUUUGGCCCACGGCUCGGCCUGAGGUUUUGCAAAGCCCAAGCCCCCAAAAGCCAAGCCCAAGCCGGGGCUUUCAGGCCGAGCCGGGCCCGCACAUCACUAACUGUGAGUCAUCCUCCCCCAUAGUUUCAUCAGUGAAUUCAUGAGUCCGUGACAUGGUAGUCAUGAGACCUAUAGACUGAUAUAAUUACGCUUUUGCCAAAUAUAUCUAUAUAUUCUAGAAGAAAUUUGUGUUGUUCAUAAAUGACCAUUGAUUCGUGCAAAA